AUGCCUCAAAGACACUCGAAGAACAACAACGAUCUUGCGUAUUUCACUUACGAUGAGAAGAAGAAGUUAGGGUAUGGAACCCAGAAAGAGAGAUUGGGGAAAGACUCGAUUAAGCCUUUCGAUGCUUGUUCCCUUUGCUUGAAGCCCUUUAUCGAUCCCAUGUGUUGCCAUAAAGGUCAUGUCUUUUGCAGAGAAUGUAUUCUCGAAUGUUUUCUUGCACAGAAGAAAGAUAUCCAAAGGAGGCUUGCUGCACAUGCUUCUCAAAAGCAGCAAGAUAAGGAUGAAGAAGAAGAGAAGCUAAUGCUACAAAAGGCGAGAGAGCUUGACGAAUUUGAUCAGCAAAACCAUGGUGCAUUGCCUCGGUACAGUGACAAGAACCACAACCAAGACAAGAAUGGUUUUCAUGGGGCGAACAGUGUGAAAACGACUUCUUUUGAAGAAGAAGCGCUUAGGACGAUGAAAGCCUUCUGGCUCCCAUCAGCUACACCAGGAGCGUCAGUUAGAGUAGAAGCUCCAGAAACUCACACAGUCUGUCCAGAGGGCAAAGAGAAGCUCAAGCUUAAGAACCUCUUUGCUAUUCGUUUCACAGAAGACAACAGCGAAGAAGGAGAGUUGAAGCCAACCUCAUCGUCUUCAAGCUCUUAUGACAGAACCUACAUUUGCCCGAGCUGCAAAGUCACUCUCACCAAUACAAUGUCCCUUGUGGCACUUAGCUCAUGUGGCCAUGUUUUCUGCAAGAAGUGUGGUGAAAAGUUUAUGCCUGUUGACAAAGUCUGCCUUGUGUGUGACAAACCUUGCAAGGACAGGAAUUUGGUUGCUUUGAAGAAAGGAGGCACGGGUUUUGCUGAGCAUGACGAUCAUCUUGAGGCUAAGGAGUACAAGCAUUUGGGUAGUGGCUCUGGUUUGGGGCUCGUGAGGCCGGUAAAGACAUGA